GCACGAAGCUUCGGCGGAAGGUUCAAUUGUUGGCCAACCAUCGUGACGAGUGGUUGUGCGUGCUAAACACUCGCACGAUAGAAGCGCGUGCUUCGUUUCGCGAUCGGUGCGUGCACUGGGGCUAAACUUGUGCGUUCGACGUCGCCUCAAAUCGACGACGAUCAUCGUACAAAACGUGCAGCAAGAUGAAACGCGUGCCUGUAAUCGCGACAGUGACGUGGUGAUUGGUUUCAUCGUUGUUCGCGUUAUAUCGGCGUGAGUAAACCCGUAGUCCGUGUAAACGCAGUGACCGAAGCAGAGAGAAAACACCUUCCCUUUUUUCUUACUACUUCCUUUCUAACGUUUGCCUGUGAAUACGGAGGAUAUUUACGCGAGUAUUGCUGGCUGUGAUUGCAACAAGUGAAAUCUCCAUAGUCUUCCUCCGUCUCCUUCUCCUUCUUUUCUUUUUUUUUUUUUUUUUUAUUCUUUUGUGUGACUCGACUACAACGAGACUACCCGUGUGUCUGCUGGUUAUCUACUUUGGCGGUCGUGACGCUACGACCGAGCAACAGAAAAAUUUGGGAUUAUCCGUGCAUCUUUUGCGUUUGGUUCAGUUGACGUACCGUCGACCGGGUAGCGGCCAUGACGGCGGACAGCUUGUUCGAGACUACCAGCAUCCCAGGGCAUCUCGCUCCCACGCCCCAGAGGCUGGAGAGACUUCUCUCGAAACAGACCCUCGAGGAACUGUACGAGGUCGAGGAACAACCUUUCGCACGAGGCAAAUACGCGGCGGUGAGAAGAUGUCGAGAGAGAUCGAGCGGAAGGCAGUGGGCCGCGAAAUUUCUAAGGAAGAGGAGACGGGCACAGGAAUUGAGAGCGGAAGCCUUGCACGAAGUCGCGGUGCUGGAUGCCGCGGCGAACUGUUCUCGUCUGGUGUCCUUGCACGAGGUAUUCGAAACGAACACGGAGAUGGUCCUGGUUUUGGAAUUGGCUCCUGGUGGUGAAUUGCAAAUGAUUCUGGACAGAGACGAAGUUCCGGAAGAACGACAAGUUGCCAGAUUAUUGAAGCAAAUUUUAGGUGGAAUAGCCUUCCUGCAUUCCCUGAACGUCGCUCAUCUUGACAUUAAGCCUCAAAAUCUGGUCCUGACCGGCGAGUUCCCAGACUGUGACGUGAAGCUUUGCGACUUUGGUAUCUCGCGGUACAUCAGCCAUGGCGCGGACAUACGGGAGAUUCUGGGCACGCCCGAUUACGUCGCCCCAGAAGUGUUGAACUAUGAGCCGAUCAGCCUGGCAACAGACAUGUGGUCCAUCGGAGUUCUGUUGUACGUGUUGCUAACGGGAUGUUCUCCGUUCGGAGGAGACACGAAGCAGGAAACGUUCUGCAACAUCAGCCGAUGUCGCCUAGAUUUCCCCGACGAUCUGUUCGAAGACGUGUCCGAGGAAGCGCGCGAUCUCAUGCGCAAGCUAAUGGUCAAGGAUCCAAACGAACGCUUGACCGUCACGGAAUGUCUGCAACACCCAUGGUUCGGCUCGUUCGACGACCCUCAACCAUCAUUAUCUUUAUCCAGCCGCCCAGCGUUGGACCAGUCUCCCAUCCAAGAUAAAUCAUCGCAGGAAACAAAAUCGUUCUCCAAAUCUACCACGAGCGCCGAACACCAAACGACGACAGGAUCAUCCACGUCCAAGAACGACUCGGAGAAACAGAAAGCGGUGAACGCUUGUCAGGGCAUGGAAAUGAAACCUUCGGCAAACAGAGCAAUUUCCUCGCACACGGAGAACAUAUAUUCAAAAUCAAAACUGUCGCCCAAACCCACCAGAUUCGGGCUGAGCUCGGAUCGCAGGGACACUUUUAAGAGGAACAUGGAUUCUCUGGCGCAGAAAUUUUCCGGCACAGAAAUCAUGAUAAUCGAGCCAGUGCCGUCAUCCGGUACCACAGUUUCCUCAAACGUAACAAGCAGUACGCAAAGGAGAGCGACAGCCACGCACACGAUGCCAGCCGGAGAGGUGUUCAAAUGCACACCGGUAUUCAUCCUGGGCGAAGAGCAACAAUGCAGCGACAGUGGCAGCGAUUCCGUUUCAGAAAUAUCGACGGACAGCUCUAGCGACCGAAGCAGUAUUUAUUCAGACGAUUCGUUGGAUUUUAUCUUGUAUGGAAAGAGUCAAGGUAGAGCCAGUUUCCCAUUUUCCGCUGCGGAAGCGCCUUCCGACAGAUGGGAACAGAGGCACCAUACGAGGGUUUGGCCGAGAGAGUGCAACGGAGUGGUGAGCAAAGCUCUCAGCCGUUUUUCUUCAGAAACGUCGAACACGAAGUUCAGCAAAGCUUCCACGCCCCCAACAGUCCAUGGUAAAACUGGGUUAGAAGCUCUUCGCGAAAGGGGUGGAAACUUAGUUGUAAUUCGUGAACCUGUAAGAGCUGGCAGAUACACCAGAUACAGCGAAGUACAAUGCGAAUCGGUGCAAGCACGGAUUCGACGAUUUCAGGUUCAUGGAGCUUCGUAGGCGAGUAAGCGCGUGAUCUGUCCGUGAAGGACUUUCUCGAGCAGCUUCAGAGUCCUGGGUCCUCGAUGGACAGCAGCAGGAUCCUUUGUACAUAUUACGUUACGGUGUACAGUAAAUGUAGUUUCAAGAACGCGUUGCGAGAUAUCGAUAGUCGAAGAAGUACGCUGAAAAGAAAAUAGAAAGCUAUGGGAUAACUGUAAAUAUUACAACGAGAAAACUUGCGAGUACCGAUCGCUCGUGACGCAUGUUGUAUAUAAAUUCGGACGACCGAGAUUCUACGAGAGAACGGCGGUCGACCGGACCACGUUACUCGAGUUUCGAGGGUUUUAUCGUAUGUAACGCAAGAGUAAAAAGAAGAGCUUAUUAGUUGAUUGUGGUACGGUGGUUUAUGGAAAUAUUUGAGCACUUUUAGGAUCUUUUUACAAAUUUAUUAUGUGCCGGUUAUACGAUACGUUUUAAAAUUUUGUUAGAACUGCGACGAGACACGAUUUUCGUGACCGAAUUGCUAAUAUAAUUGGAGUACUCGUGUUCUAUUUUAUAGUACUAUCGAAAUUUCGAAAAGUCUCGUAUAACACACAUGGUAAAUUCACAGAAAUUUUCUACAACGUGUACUCAAAUAAUUGUAUAAAUUAUUGCAUGUAGAUUGGAUUUAAGGUGGCAGCAAGAGUUUCAAGCGAAACGUAUCGACAGCUCGUUGUCUGCCAUUACCGAUAGACUGACCGGCCGUCCUUUCGAACUGUGAGAUAGAAAAAAGAAAAAAAAAAAAAAGAAAAAAAGAAAAACGCGAGUUACGCGUUCGAUGCAUCGAGUUGCUCGCGUUACGAAAGUGGAAGAUUGGUUCGUCUCGUCUUCUCUUGUCUCGCCUCUUCUCUCAACAAUGUUUCACGCGAGGUCGACACUUGCGAUAGUUACGCAACUGGGUAAAUGUCAGGCAUAUGUCAGACUUUGUUCGGAAUUCUAGAGUAACAGCGAACGUGUAUAAAGUAAAAUGGCGCGCGAGCAGCUCGAUGCUGAGCGGCGAGUUUGCCCAACCUAGCCAUAAUAUUAUUAGUCGCUGUAUAGAUCGUCGUGAUAACAGUAACUCGAACUACCUGGAGCUCCGUUCCACGGAUCUCGCUAAAAUUUCAAUCCGAUAACAUGGGUGCCUUUACCGUAUACGUUUAAGAGAAGUCGUGCCCCAGUCGCUUAAGCCAUUAAUGACCAAGCACAAUAAAUAGAACAGUAAAGGUAACACAUAUAAAAAUCUAUUAAAUUCAUGGUAUUCGCUAUCGUAUUCGCUGGACUGUGGAUUUUUAUGCUCUUAUGGGAAAUUGAACUCUUAGAGGCUAUCGUAAGUGAAAAUUUACCAGAGUACAUCUUUCGUAAACAAAGAUACUGACAAAGAUAACGAAGUGGGAUUAAAUGUGUUUUUACUUUUAAAAUUUAAUGUUUUUGAAUUUAAAAAGUAGAAUUAAGAAUAAAAAAGGUUAUUGAUUGCUAUUGUUGCAAGUAAUAACAUUACUUUGUUAUUUAUUAUACAGAACGGUAAGAUCGAAAGAAAAUUUCACUCGCGAUAGUAACUCCAGUAACACUCGAGAGUAAAAGAUGCAAAGAUACGUAGAAUUCACACAAUGGGCAAAAGUAUAUAAAAUAUCCAAGAUACCGUACUCGUUAGAAUAUUUAAAAAGUAAAACAAUUCUCCAUCUAUGCGAUCAUUUUUUUCAUUCUGUCGAGAAAAAUAUGAAUCUGCAUAAAGAUCUGCAAUCUGGGAUACAAUUCUAUAAUGUAAAUUGAAAAGAAAAAAUAAAUUGCAACGCUGGCUCUUGAUGGGUUAAGUCCUGUAGCGUGAACGAAGCAUACGCGUGCAUGUAGAUAUAGAAAUGUACGAGAUACACGGGGUAGAAUCUCGCGUAUGAAUAUUUCUGCGUGUACAGGCAGUGAACUGUACGCGACUGAUCGCAAGCAUUAACCGCGCACUCGUAGUGCCUGCUUUUGUCUGUCCCGUUCGUAGUAGCGUAUCUCUCUCCGCGGAAACACGGCUCGUUACGCCGGAAGAAAAAUGAACGCGUGCACGAUGGAAGAGCGUGGUGAGAGAACGAAUCGAUGCUUCCAAGAAGAGUCGGGUGAACGAGUCAAAGAAAUCUCUCUCCAGUCUGAAUAGAGUGCCUUAGUCGUACGGACGAUUUAAUCAAUCGUGCCGACGAUCGAUCGAAAUUGAGAGCCUAGACUAGCUUUAGGCGUCUCCAAUUCUUCUCGUUGGAUCGAUAUCGUCUCUCGAGGGAGAUCGGUCUGAUGCCUCGUAUCACAACGACCUGCCCUGCUAAAUAUCGCGCUGCAACACUCAAAAAUGAACCUGUUAGCUGAAUUACGUUUAACCAAAUGCUCCUAGAAUCCUGAAACGAAAAGUAAAAUAUACACGUGGUCUUACCAGUGCUUCAAAACCAAUCACCGCUUAUUUUAAUAAUUCUCCUGUUUAGUCGGUAAAGUGACAUU